CCCAAUGGGAAGGAGUUUUGUUUUCCCUGUCUCGUAGGAAACCAGGCUAACUGGUCACUGGAAACAAGUCUUGGUGCCAGGGCCUCCGCUGGCGAGAUUCAAGACUGCCUUCUUAGAGACAGGCCAUGGACACGGUGCGCAUUGCAGUCAUCGGAGCUGGCGUGAUAGGGCUGUCAACGGCCGUGUGCAUUUCCCAGCUGGUCCCCCGAUGCUCUGUGACUGUCAUCUCAGACCAGUUCACUCCGAAUACCACCAGCAAUGUAGCAGCUGGGAUGCUUAUUCCUCACACUUAUCCAGACACGCCUGUGCCCACGCAGAAGCAGUGGUUUACAGAGACCUUCCGGCACUUGUCUGCAAUCGCCGAGUCUGCAGAAGCUGCAGAUGCGGGUGUUCACCUGGUGUCUGGUUGGCAGGUAUUUCGGAAUGUUCCCACCGAAGAGGUGCCUUUCUGGGCUGAUGUCGUUCUGGGAUUUCGAAGGAUGUCAGAAGCUGAGCUGAAGCGAUUCCCUCAGUAUGUGUUUGGUCAGGCUUUUACAACUCUGAAGUGCGAGACUUCUGCCUACCUCCCAUGGCUGGAGAAAAGGCUAAAGGAAUGUGGAGGUCUGCUACUCACCAGGAGAAUAGAAGACCUGUGGGAGCUGCAGCCAUCCUUUGACAUUGUGGUCAAUUGCUCAGGCCUGGGAAGCCGACAGCUGGUGGGAGACUCCAUGAUUUCCCCUGUAAGGGGCCAAGUGCUCCAGGCACAGGCCCCCUGGGUGAAGCAUUUCAUCCGAGAUGGGAGUGGUCUGACGUACGUUUAUCCUGGUACAUCCUACGUCACCCUGGGAGGCACCAGACACAAAGGAGACUGGAAUCUAUCCCCAGAUGCGGAACUUAGCAGAGAGAUUUUCUCUCGCUGCUGCGCUCUCGAGCCCUCCCUCCGCAGAGCCUCUAACAUAAAGGAGGAAGUGGGUCUGAGGCCCAGCCGGCCAGAGGUGCGUCUGCAGAAGGAGAUGCUAGCCCGAGGGGGUCAGAGGCUGCCUGUGGUCCACAACUACGGCCAUGGGAGUGGGGGCGUCUCAGUGCACUGGGGCUCUGCUCUGGAAGCCACCAGGCUGGUGAUGGAGUGGAUCCAUACUCUCAGGACCCCAGCUACUGUGUCAAAACUGUAGCUGACACCAAACGACAGCAGAUAACCCCAGGUGAUAUCGGCCAACGCUCAGCGUAAGGUCCAUAACGGCCCUCAAAACGUCUCCACUGCUUGAAAGUUGAAUUUGACCUUCUUUGUUUCCAAAAUUAGAAAUCGCGCAGCACAUAGCAGCAGUCUCAGAAAGCUUGUCACUAAUGAUGCAGGGCACAAAGCUCCGUUUUUGUCAAAACAUGUGUUAUUAAAAAAUACUUGUUAUAUAGGGUAACGUUUGGGAAGGAUCUAAUGCCAAUUUGUAUGAAUGAUGUAAAUGAUAGGGAUUUUUGUAUCUUUAGCUCAUAAACCCGUAAGAGGAGACAAGGUGUGGGAAACACUUGUAUCCCUGUCAGCUGUAGAGCUGUGCACGAUCCUCUUAGGUCACAGAGCCAACCGAGUAAGUAUUGUCACCCCUCUAGAUAAGAGCACGCAGUCCGGGCCUCCUGUGUGUAGCUGAAGGCCAAGCAUGGUUAUUGGCAGCCCUGGCGGCAGCUGCUCCCUCCCCUCCGCAGGUAAUGAUAGCAGAAGAUGGAGGUGGAGGGGCCCAUGAAAGUGGCACCAGUUAAGGAGCGGCUGCGUGUCUGUCACUGCGUGUGUUUCUGGGACCAAGCGCUUAGUGGAAACAACCUAAAGAAAUACUGUGCUCGUUGUUUUGGUCCAUCACGCCAGGGAGGGCCCUUCAGGACAAGCUGUUCCACUCAUGCCUGCAAGAAAGCAGAGUGGAGAGGCAGCAGGACGGAUCGGGGCCAGAUACAGCCUCUCCCCCCACACCAGGUAUCUACCCCCUCCAACCAGCCCCCACUUCCCAAACUUCUCCCUUCUACCAAUAGUUCAUUCUUGAAUGCAUCAAUGGAUGAAGUCAUUGAUUAGGUCAUCUGUAUCUACCCUCCGCCCCACCCAAAGGGGUGGUUUAAUACUCGCCUAAGCAGUCUCCCACCUUGUCAAGCUGACAACAGGGAUUUACCCUGACAGUCGCCUAGGCUGCAUAUUUCAUUACCACAAAUGAUCGAGAGCUGGCUGACUGCAGAGUGAAUGAGCAUUGUUGAAGAUUGAGUAGUCUAUGCGACCAAAAAGCUAAUUUGCUAAUGGAGACGGAACAGUCAUUUUAAAUGACAUACAAUACAAAGUAUUCUUCAUGUUAAAGAGUAUUGGGGAGGAAAGGAAUGUGUCUUCUGAUAAAAUAAGUUUGAGAAUUGCUGAGCUGAGUAAAUUAGUGUGAUUCCCUAACUUAGGUCUAUCUGGAGCCUUUAGCUUGUCCCUGUGCAUUGAGGACCCUUGGGAGUGCUCUUAGCUUGGGAGAAGAUGUGCUGUGGGAUGGUCUGUAUGUCAAAUUACUCUGAUUGGUCAAUAAAUAAAACACUGAUUGGCAGUGGCUAGGCAGGAAGUAUAGGCGGGACUAACAGAGAGUAGAAAAGAAAGAACAGGAAGGCAGAAGGAGUCACUGCCAGCCUCUGCCAUGACAAGCAGCACGUGAAGAUGCCGGUAAGCCACGAGCCAUGUGGCAAGGUAUAGAUUUAUGGAAAUGGAUUAAUUUAAGCUAUAAGAACAGUUAGCAAGAAGCCUGCCAUGGCCAUACAGUUUGUAAGCAAUAUAAGUCUCUGUGUUUACUUGGUUGGGUCUGUGGGACUGGUGGGUGACAAAGAUUUGUCUUAACUGUGGGCAAGGCAGGAAAACUCUAGCUACAAAGAUGUAUCCAUUCACUGAGAUAAGCAAUCUUGGGGGCAGGGACGCCAUUUAAUUCUGGAGGAAAUUACCUUUUUUCUGAAUAAUAAAGUCUAUCUUGAAGGUA